GCGACCAAUCCACCAUCAAGCUCAAGCACGGCCUGAAGACAAGCAGUCGCCCUUCGCUGCUCAGGUAUCUCGUAAUUCAAUAUGGCUGUAGGAAAAAAUAAGCGUUUGUCGAAAGGUAAGAAGGGUAUCAAGAAGAAGGUCGUUGACCCCUUCUCUCGCAAAGAGUGGUAUGACAUCAAGGCUCCCUCGAUCUUUGAAGUACGGAAUGUCGGAAAGACCCUCGUUAACCGGUCACAGGGCCUGAAAAAUGCGAACGACUCUUUGAAGGGCCGUAUCGUUGAGGUGUCUUUGGCUGACUUGAACAAAGAUGAAGAGCAGUCCUACCGCAAAAUAAAAUUGCGCAUCGAUGAAGUUCAGGGCAAAAACUGUCUCACGAACUUCCACGGCAUGGAUUUCACGUCUGACAAGCUCCGCUCGCUCGUUCGCAAAUGGCAAUCACUCAUUGAAGCCCACGUUGACGUCAAGACCACUGACGGUUACCUCAUCCGCCUCUUUGCUAUCGGUUUCACCAAGCGUCGCCCAAAUCAAGUGCGCAAAACAACAUAUGCCCAAACAAGUCAGAUUCGUGAGAUUCGCAAGAAGAUGUUUGAGAUCAUGACACGGGAAGCAACGAGCUGUGAUUUGAAGGAGUUGGUACAGAAGUUCGUGCCAGAAGCUAUUGGCCGGGAGAUCGAAAAAGCUGCUCGCAGCAUCUACCCUCUGCAAAACGUAUACGUGCGGAAAGCCAAGAUUCUGAAGGCACCGAAGUUCGAUGUUUCCAAGUUGCUUGAGCUUCAUGGAGAGUCGACUGAUGAGACGGGCACGCGGAUUGUGAAGGACUUCAAGGAGCCGGAGAUCCUCGAAUCUGUGUAGAAAAUCUUAUCGUAUUCUGGCGCUGUAUAUCAUACGCUUUGAAUCCCUCCUCCUCGGUAUACACAUGCGUUGCUAACUCAUGAGGUCCCUGAUUUACUUCCCGGUGUAAUGACUCAGCAUCUUUUGCCCAUAUUGGCAACACAAGUGUAGUAUUUCUAUGUCGCACUCAACGAUUGAACUUAUGCAUAUGAAUAUAUGGUAUUCAAAAUCUACAAUGCAUAUAUGUCGUCU